GCGCCCUCUCUUUUUUGAAACGGAAGCACAUGUCUUCGGCGGGUGGUGUAAUUAAAGGGAUUUUUGUAGUAUAAUUGUUUAAUUUAAAUAAAAUUAGUGCAUGAGUUUCGAAAUUUGAAAGAAUACUCAGAUACAAAAGAAGACUUAACUAUUAUCACCGUAUGAAGUUACAAAGCAAAAGUAACGAAUCAUGCACUGUUGGCGUAAAUUUUUGUAUUGUUCAUUUAGGCCCUGCUGCCGGAAAAUUGAAGUAUACCCUUUUGGAUAAAAGAGAUAUUUCACUUUUUCGAGAAUUCCACUUUGAGCCUUUUGUAGAAAUAGAUAAAAAUGGAGAAGGAGCUGUUUUAUAUGCUUAUGGCUAUCCAGUCAGUCGAGGACGACAUACGGGAAAAUAUGUGCAUGAAUUAUUAUGGGAAAAGCAUUGCGGAGGUAUUGCUCCUGGAUUUAAAGUAUUUCAUAAAAAUGGCAUCACUGUUGAUAAUCGUCUUGAAAAUUUAUCUCUCUGUCCAGUUGAAGUGAAUAUUUCACCAGACAUAAAUCAAAAAACUUUUGAAAGUUCACUAUAUUGGUCUGCUAUUGAAGGAAUGCCACAUGAGAUGGAGCCAAUCUAUAUCAAAUUAUUCAGUAUUCAAGAAGAAAUUUCCUUAAUGAAAGAUCGUUUCUUUGAGUGCCACUACCCACCAUGCAUAAGAAUGGAGAAGAGGCCACAGGAGUUUAGUAUUUGUGGUUUAUGUCAUGUAACUCGUUAUUGUGGGUCUGUAUGCCAGACAAAAGACUGGCCUUUACACAAGGCAAUAUGUGCUCUACGCCCCCAUCCAGUAUUUGAAGAAAAUUUUGUGGAUCGGUGACCAAUGAUUAACCUAAACUAAAGCUUCAAACUUGAAGUCUAAAUCUAAGUCAAUUUUCAUGAAAUGAAAGCCAACUUUUUCUAACAAAAUAAACUUUUUUAUGAGUUUUGUACAAAGAAAAAGGAAUAGGGUAUUGUAUAUAUACAAUAUAAUUUUAUACCUAACAUAAUCUUUAUAGUGAAUAUUGAUAUUUUUAUACUUGUAAACAAAUGGUUUUUUGUAGGAAUUUCAGUAUUAAUUAGGAUAUUUUGGCAGACUAGCUUGCUAGUGUUUUUUAUUACAUGUUCCUACUAUUUACCAAAGUUAAUCAAUUUUAGUUUUUUCAGUAUUUUUAAUACAGUUUUUCUUUAAUUCUUGAGUUUUUAAAUGAACUUUUGCUAAUUUUGUAGUGUUCAUAUAGUAUUUAAUUGUAAAAAUUCGUUUUAAUGUAUUUUAACACAUUUUGAAAGUUAUAUAUAUGACUGCACAAAUACAUAUCUGUAAAUAUUUUAUAUUGCAGUAAAAUGUUCAUAUAUAUUUAAUUUCUUGGUUACUUUGUAAGUUGGGUUAAGGGAGAAAAACACUCUCAUUAAACUUUUGAACUAUUAAUAUGAGAAUAAUUCGGUUAUACGAUAAAUGCUGACAUUAACAUUUUAUUCUAAAUUAAAGAUUUUUACUACAAUAAAUUCUAAAAGUAUUAAUAUGGUACAUUUUAAUACAUAUUUAUAAUUUUCCCUAAAAGAGCAUUGUUUAUCUCAGCAUUCAAAAUUAUAUUUACACAGACUGCCAAUUUCUUAGUUAUUUUAAACAUGUGUAAGCAGGCAUUUUCAUACAUAAGUCUUUUGCAUGUGCAGAAUUGUUAUCCUGUCUAAAUUAGGGAGUAGAGGGUUUUUUUUUUUAAUAACUUAAAAUAUUAUUGAAUGUAACUUAGUGGAAACUAGCUCUCAGUGGAAAACUAUUUGUCAGAUGUGUAUGGUAAAUAUAUGCUGUUUAAGAACUGGGUUACUGAGUAGAAGUGUGAUUUUGAGAUGGUGGAGAAAGUGUAUAGAACAGUUUGCAUUUAAGUCAGGUAUAAGUGGUAUUGACAUCCGAAUAAAAUUUUUCAUGAUAGGUUCAUGAUUACACCACUUUGCAUGAGUAUCUAUCCAUUUUUUCUAACGAUUGAGCAUUUGCUGAAUGUGUGCUUGUGCAUCAAGGAUAUUUAGAAGUUCCUGAGAGAAAAUGACUAAUUUAUUUUGUGCAUUACUGUAAAGGAUGAAUGAUUUCUCCACUUCCAAGAUGUUGCAUGCAGUGAAAACAGAGUAUCCCUUCCAUUAAGGAAGUCCCAUUUUCAACCCUCAAUAAUUAAAUAGGAUUUCAAUAAUUAAAUAGGAUGUUACAUUCACUUUUCAGUUGAUGCAAGCACCUUUUUUAAUUAAGUUCUAAUCAGUAAACAGGAAGCAUGACCUGAAAACAUUACCAAAGCUUAAGGUGGCACAGUUCCACUAGUAAGGCCUUUGUUAUUAGGACCUGCAAUUCAUGCUGAAAACUGCACUGUAUCUAAAAGCUAAUGUGUGUUCAUCUCCCAGCCCAAAUGACUGUGGGAUUAAUGUUAUCGGUCACACAGCAGAUAGUCUCCUUCCUGCAAGGUUAUUUGAAUUAAAAAUUGUCUCUUAUUUUC